UAAUUAUGAGAUGUAUGUUGAAUGUGAUGAUUGGGCUGAUUGGACAGUACCACAGCUAUCACCUUUGGAACGAAUUGAAUUAUUAAAAGCUAAAUGCAAGCAGGUGCAUAAAUGGAUUGGCCAAGGAUUAAAAUCUGAUAUACCGGAGCCUGAAUCACCAUCAGUAUUAGUUGAUGAGAAUCUUUUCGAAGUUUUUCCACGACCAUUAUUUACCUAUAAUGCUAUGGAAGAAUUGGAUUAG